UGGCUAUUCCUGCUUACAUUUGAAACAUUGCUGUCUUCACGGGGGAAGGAAGACCACUCUUGCAUAAGCAAAAGCCAAUCUAAGAGCUGAUGCCACUCAUGGGGGAGUCUUCGCUUGUUCCGUGUCCCCGGGGAAAGCUGCCCGUCCUGCUUUCGGUCGUUCUUUUCGCCAUUAUACUGGUGGCUGUUGUAGUUUUUCAUGACAGGUCUUCCAGCUCCAUACCCUUCUGGGAUUUGGCUGUGCUAGGCAUCUUCAGUCUCACGCUAGGCCCGACUGUGUACGGACUGUGCCUCUUUAUUGAGGAAUGGCUCUUUCAUUCACACCAGCGGUACGGUGGUAAUCUGAGUCGGAUGCUUGCAGCCUGUUUUGGUGGUCGCGCCCAGCUUGCAGUGUGUAUGGCAGUUUUGAUGUUACUGGUGAGGGAGGGGUCUCUCAGCUCAGAACAGUGGAACCUUGUGGCUCUGUGCUCUGCACUCUAUCUCCUAUUCAAAAGCCUGGGAGUCCUGAAUCUGUCUCCUGUGGAGAUCUCAGAAAUCUGUGAAUCGCGGAAGAUGAACGUGGCUCAUGGGUUGGCUUGGUCCUUCUAUCUGGGCUACCUCAAAUUAGUACUGCCAGAGCUCGAGGGCCUGGUUAAACAGUAUUAUAACUUAACCGGAGAAGUCCUCAGAUCUCCGAGGCUCUACAUCCUCCUUCCCCUCAACGCAGCUGUGUCUGCUAAACUGGAGGAGGAGGAUAACCUUGUCAGCUUCCACAAAAACCUUCCCCAGCUGGAGAGGGACAGAGCAGGGGUGAGGAGUCGUGUGUACAAGCACAGCGUCUAUAAAGUUAUAGACAAUAACAAAGAGCCUCAUCUCUGUGUGGUGGAGUACGCCACCCCCUUGUUGACCCUAUACCAGAUGUCUCAGGAUAACUCAGCAGGGUUUAGUGAGAAGGAGAGGCGACAGCAAGUUCUUCUUUUCUACAGAACACUCCGGGACAUUCUGGAAAGUUCCUUAGAAUGCCGGAACAGUUACAGGCUAAUUCUUCUAGAUGAUGACCAUUCAGAGGAUCCCCACUUCCUUUCCAAAGAGAUUCUAAAACACCUCCAGCAGGAAGAGAGGGAAUUCUGCUUAGACCCUCCCCUGCGGGCGCCAAUCAUCCAACAGAACGGUGCCCGACCAAUCCCAGAGAAGGGGGGUUACACAUAUGAUGAUGGUAACAUGACAAAUAGCAUGAGUGAGGAGUUCAGUAGCCCUCCUACUCUCAUGAUCAGCAGGCCUUUACCCCUGAGAGCUGAGCCUGUGGAAAACACAGAUUAUCACAAUCACUCCCCUCAAAACUACAGGAGAUAA